AUGGACAGCCCCGAACGGCGGCGCCGCACCGGCCACGGCAGCCUGACCAACAUUAGCCGCCACGAGUCGCUGAAGAAGAUGGAGAGCCCCCCGAUCCGUCGCUCCACCUCCUCGGGCCAGUACACAGGCUUUAGUGAUGCCCACCACCACCACCACCACGGCGGCAAGCCCCUGGAUCCGGAGAGCAUCGCACAGGACAUAGAAGAAACCAUGAACACGGCUCUAAAUGAGCUGCGCGAGCUGGAGCGGCAGAGCUCAGCCAAGCACGCCCCGACGUGGUGCUGGACACCCUGGAGCAGCGGCAGACCUCCGGCAGCAGCGGCGGGGGUCCCACGCCGGCCAGCUCCAGCGAGUCCCUCAGCCCCAUCCACGGCGUCAUGCUGAGGUCCACAGCCAACACAGAGCCGCCCAUCCGCCGCAGCACCAGCUCCUCCAGCGACACUAUGAGCACCUUCAAGCCCGUGGUAGCGCCUCGCAUGGGGGUGCAGCUCAAACCUCCCGCCUUGAGGCCUAAGCCCAUGGUUCUCCCCAAGUCUAGCCAGGCCCCACAGCCUCCAGCUGCAUCUUCUCAGGAUCCUCUGGACAAGUCCUGCACCAUGUAACUUCUAGGACAGGAACCAGAGAUGUAAAACAAAAUCAACUUCCAGGGGGAUGGAAAGUGCUAACAUUGUCUAGACUACAUAGAUAUACUGCAAAUAAUAUCUAAGAGCUUGUAACAUACAUGGACCUGGACCUGGAUUUCUUUGUGGUGAUUUGAAGCUGAAGUGAGAUCCUGAAGGGGACUCUAGCAGGAUUUGACAGGCUGGUGUAGGAGUUACAAUGUAGACAGAUUUGUCAGUCAGACAAAUCUUGUGUCAAUAACCUUGCACAAUUAGGUGUUAAUAUGCUUAGGUUAAUAUUAUCUAACAUAUGUCUUUUUCUAAAAUAAAUUCAAACAACAAAUCACAAAGGCUUCCUUCAAGGUUUUAGAAAAUGUAUGCUAGUUAGUGUAGUUUACAGACUGUCAUGAACUGUGUAACUCUGAACAAACCAUGGUGCAUGUAGCUCCUCUGUUUACCACUGAACCUGAAACAGAGCUUGAUGAGAAGGACUUAGGAGGCCCCCUGAAGGUGUUGUGAACUGCUUCAAAGGCCUUACUGACUUUUCCGAUGUAACUAAUUUUAACUGUUGAAUAUUAUAAAGGUGCUGUGACUACCUGGACAGACGUGGUUUGAGGAUUGGACUGAUAACAGGCCUGGUGAGCCCUUAGUAACUAACGGUACUCUGUUAAUACAUAAGUAGUACUGAUUCACUAGCGUGUAAACUGCAACUUUCCUUGGCAAGGCAUACCAUUGUCAGUUGUGUGUCAGAUAUGUACAAAGAUCACCUCUUUGCUGGAUUUGCUCAAAAUUAUUUGAACAUAUUGCCUGGAACAAGAUAUGACUAUUGGAUAAAACCACUACUUCAUUAUAUAAACUUUGAACAUUUCAAUGUAUUCUUGAAUUCCUGCAUCAAUAACUCAUGAUGAAGGGAUAAAAUAUGCCUAAUAAAUUAUGCCUUUACAUCUGUAUAACCUAUGGGGAGCAGUGUGAAAAGACAAAUCAUCUCCUACCUACAGUAUAUACAAUACAUAGGCCAUUAUACAGUGUGAACCACAUGCCAUAGCUUUUUUUUAUGCCUUGCUUGGCUUUAUCUACCCAAAGACAUGGCUGUAUAAGUGUAAAGCAUGGAUGUUGAUCCUCCAUAUAUGAUGUAGGCAUUCUUUUUAUUGACUGAUGUGUAUAGACUCAAGGUAGCGCCCUGUGGGAGUUCUGCCGGUAGCCAUGGACCUAAUGACUGUUAGUGUAAAAGCCUCCUAACAUGUUCCCCCUGCUUCCUUUGCUUGUCUUUGUCAAAGUCUCAAAACAGCAGUUUGCUUCUAGUCCCUCUAGUCUGUUUUUGUUCAGGUGAGAAUGCCAACAGUGUGUUUUUGUGUCGCUCUCUGACUGAUGCUGAGGCUUCCUCUUCGGACUUGCUGCAUUUGUGGAAGAUGACACUUUAAAUGGCUGAUGUCAGCGGCAACAGGGAAAACGGCACAUGUGGAACAGGAGGAAGUCUCACACAGUCAGCAAUGACCAGCCCGUGUCAGUCAGCUCAAAUGUGUCCAGGUCAAGUGAUUAUUUCAAAAUGCAAUAGCCCCAUAAAACUGUAUGUGCCAGUGAGUUCCAACUGUGUGACUGCACCCCCUAUGUAUGUGUCUUUUUAAAGUAACCUCUGUACUGUAGAAAUAACAGAAUUGGGUGCAUGUCCUGGGGAUGUUUGACUAGCAUAAUAACACUUAGAAGAGAUUUGGUUUGCAAUGAAUUAGCAAUGCUCUCUAACAGCAGGUUUACACUAUCUUUGACUUGACAGAUAUUGUGUGUAUAAUAAUCAAAAGUUAAUUGAUUUCUGAAUUACUAACUUUCAUUAUUUUUAUAAUCUUUGUUGUUAUAUUCGUUGUGUUUCUGGGUUGAAAUGACUUCAAUUUAGAACAAGUGAUGUAGAAUAAAUAUCCAGAGAUGCAGGUGUCCCACCUACAGUAUGAAGCCAGUUGUAUAAAAUGUGUGCUUUUGUCACUAUGUAACAUCAUCAACAGUAGGACUCAGUUAUGCCAUCUGUAGGCGUUAAGCUACUCUGUGGUGUUAUGUACAUCUGUAGUAUGUACUUGUGAAAGUGCCUUUGAAAAUGUUUUAGAAGAACUGCAGACAUCCUGUCCUGUUGCAUUUUCAUGUCAGAUGCUGUGUUUUUGAGAAAUGCAGUGCAGGAAGAAGACACAUGAAUAAGUAAUGAUGCCAUUUUCCAAACAGUUAUAUGACAGAAUUAAUAAUAAAUAAACAGCUUACCCAUUGUGACAUUGCACUUUUAUGUAUAUAACUGUAUAUAUGGCAUGUAACAUCAUAACAUUUAGAGUUCUUUGAGGGCUUAUACCUCCAAGGAUUUCUUUCUAAUAAAGAAAAUAGUUUGUCGA